CGACCAAAUUCCGGUUAUCGAGUUAACCGACCGGUUAAUCGGGAAAAGCGGCAAUCGAACCUGCACCCAGCUACCGUUGUGGAAGUAAGCGGUUGAGAUGCAUACAUGGUUAUCUUCCAGCAAUUUGUGUUAUUGGAACUCGUUGGUUUAUAAGUAAUAAUAUGGUGUCAGAGCUCGUUUGAUCCUGAGGUUACUUGUUCAAAGUCUUAAAGCAUAUAGUAUAUAGUAUGACAGACAUGUGCAAAUUUCAAAGGUUAUGAAGUUGGCUUUUUUUUCAAGGGGGUUAUGCAAAGAAGUCGUUAAGAUCUAUACAUGGACUUCUUCCCAACAGCUAGCUAGCUCUAGUUAUUAUAGGACUAGUAGUUGAUUAACAAUAUGUUAUCGGUCGAGGGAGCGCUUCUUUGAACUUCAAUCCCAUGCGAGGUGACUUUCGUUCAAAGGGGUUGUAUAUAUAAGAUAAUGGUUAAAAUCCAUACAUGAACGACUCUCCUAACAACUCAAAUUAUUAAGUACCAAUUGGUUUAUGACAUGAUAUCUAUAAUAAUGUUACAAUAUUUUGGUAUUUGAGUUCCCACGUACACUAACCGCACAUCCGUAUUGCCAAACUCAAAAUUUCCUCACUCUCGUGUUACAAAGAAAUUUAACAUCAGAUUUUAUACUUUGGCAAACCGAAAAUUUUCCGUUAAAAUAUGACAUGUUGCGAUCACGGACUUGAUGUAACGAUAAUAUUACUGAUCUUGAACCUAAAGGUCACGUCACAGCUUCGAAAGUCAAAUAACAAACAAACUAUAAAUAUACAAGUGUUAAAUGUGACCACGAAAAGACCGAUCGAUGGUUUUCAGAAAUUUAUUGGGCAUUAAUGUUAAUGUGACCACCAAAGUACUGCCAAGUGCCAACCAUCUUUUAUUUCUUGCAUUAUUUAUGUUGAAUGGACCAUGUGCAGCUUUUCCUUUGACUUGUAUCUCUUUGUCAUUAACAAUAACGUACAAUGGCUUUUGACUUUUGAGCCAUAUAAUAAUAUAUACUAACCUAAUGGGAGAUUUUCUCAAUGCAUUAGUGUCAUACUAAUCAAAUACCACGAAAAUAAUAAUAUAUAUUGGUGUUUAUUUUCAAUUAACGUUAGUUAGUCUAACAUGUUACAAAAAAUAACAUUUGAAGAUUUGUUAUAGUCUAGUCAUUCAGAUCCAACUAUCCAGCCCAAAAAAUAGAUCUGUCGCGGGCGCACAUUGUGGAUGAUUCAGUACGACCAUAACAAACCUGUUUGAAUAUCUUGCGAUCGAAUUCAUCACACGAUACGCGCAACAGGUUUGUUAAUUACAGUCUAUAUAAGUACGUACCCAGACGAAUUCCAAGAAAACGAAAUCUCCGAAUUCGUCACAGUUCCUGCGAGCACGCACAACAACGAUUCGGGGGGAAAAAAUGUGGAUCAGUACUCUACCGCUACGAUUUCUCGCAGUGAUCUUCAUUGCGAUCGUCGGUACGUCCACCGCCGCCGACCAUCAUAACAAAAAAGUAGUUCUUCCGGCCAACGUGAGGGGCUUCUCAUUCCCGUACCACUUCUGCAGCUCCGCCGCGAUCGAUCCGCGCAGCGACCUCGGCCGGGCUCGAGCCAACAUCCUCACCGACGUCGUGAAGCUCCACUGGACGCCGAGGCACCGGCAGGAGCAGCUGACGUGCGUCAGGACGACGGUGGGGACGUCCACCGUGGGGGCCCGGGCCGAGUGCCACAACGACCCAUCGACGAGCUACUGCAACGAGUGCUUGGUGGCGGCGAAGAUUUAUUUGGAGACAAACUGCCGGUACUUCGCCGGCGGGAGGGUGAACGAGCAGGACAUGACUUGUACGUUGCUGUUUGGCGAUUACGACAUUUGUGCUGCCUAAUCGAUUUUAGGGUUAUGGAUUAGGGGGAGGAAAUAAUUUUAUUUUAAAUCGUAUCGGAUGAGUCAGCAGUAGGGUGUUUUUGUGUGUAAAAUCGUUUUGUAGCGGUGAGAUUGUAAACCACAAUUUGGGAUUCGCGGUAGGCGGGUUUUUUUUGUCGGUCUGGCCAUCGGUACGGUACGAUUUGGUAGACUCUGGAUUUUAUGUCGAUUGUGAUUGUAUUUCAUUAAGUUGUUUGUCUUCUUAAUAUUAAGAUAAUUAAUAAGAAUUUAUUGAUAGACAUGGUGCAAAGUGUUGGUAUAUAUGGUUAACAUAAUGUGGUUUUUUAUUUGAAUUGAGAAGUUUGUUUAGGUUUUUUAAAAAAUUCGAACUAUACAUACUCUCGUUUAUAUUGUGAGCCACGUCCCAAUUAAUAUGCUCAAACAAAAAAGAAGUACAUAAGUUUAUCUGUGAUUUCUGAAUUUUAUUUAAUGGGGACGAUUGCUAAAAAUACAUAUCAUAAUUUUAUUUUUGUUGAUUCCAUAUAACGAUGACAUAUUUUUGUAUUCUUAAAACAUUUUAAACUAUAUAUAUAAAAUCAGGGAAAAGAUGUUUCUCUUAAUAUACUCAACCAAAUAAUUAUUCAUAAUUCAAUCAUUCCACCGGAGGGUGUUAUUCUCCUUGGAUGAUGGGUUCGUCAUUGUUCUGUAAAACCACUAAUAUAUUAUGCCAUUAAUCAUUAAUGUACACUUUACAGUAGUACAAUUGUUUUUUUCCCCUCAAAAUGUAAAUUACUAAAUUGUAAUUGGUUCAAUCAAACGAUAAUUGGUUUCCACAAAUGUUAUUUGAUUUACAACCUAGUGUGUAUAAGUUUUUUCACUCAAAAAAGCAAAAUAACUAUUCGUAUAAUGUUUGUUCUUCACAAAGAGAGAGCCAUAACCCUUUCAAUAAGUUAGAUGAUAGUUGUUAGUUGCUACUAAAAGGGUAGCGUCGAGGGAAGAGCAAGCCACUAUAUGAUUCAAACAUGCAAUAUCUAAGUUGAAAAUUAGAGAUGAUACUGCUAUAUCAAAUCAUUAUUCGCUCAGAGAAUGAUUUUUAUACUAUAUUAUAUACAUAAUAGAUUUGAAAUCGUAUAAAAUCCACAGUCGCGCCAUUUGUUAUGAGACAAUUAAUCCAAGUCUCACAUCGCCAAUACAAGGGAAAUGACCCUUUGUUGAUAACUGUUCACCUAUAGUACGAGGCAUUUAGAGAAAAAAAACCCAAAAUAAAUCCAUAUAGACUCGACUCAAAAGAGAACAAUAAUGUACAAUUGAAGCACCCAUUUUCAACAUCAUUAUUAGUACAAGUAAAAUCCGUUGAAAAUGCGACACACUAAUCUCCAUUUUUAGUAAAUUACGCAAAUGAUCUUGUGCAUCUUUGCAGAGUCAACUGAUCACAAUUGCUCUAAGAUUAGUUUAGAUUGAUAAAAUUGUGAACAUAUUGUGGAUGAUUCAGUGGCCGCAUCACCACGAACCCACUGUAUCGUGAUCGACUUCAACCACGAUAUGUGAUGUUAGCGACUUUGUUGCUUAGUCUUCAAAUUUCCUUUAUGGGCCGUGGUCCAACUAUAGCUUGUUUGGCAGACCGAAAUCAGAGAAACAACUGGAAAGAAGGCAAGCUCUACUUGGCCCAAUAGAGAAAAUCCUAACGGGCAAGGUCUAACAGCAGAUCCUCUUCUAUAUUUGAUAAUAAUGGUCACCGGCGGUCACCAUUUCCAGGAGUUCGUAAAAGAUGAAGCGAUGGAAGAACCGAUUUCCGCUAUUGUAUUCAAGAAUCACUACUUGGAAAUUACGAACGAGAUGAAAAUGAAUGAAACCUUGUGUUGACACCUAAAAUUAAUUUGGCCUGAAUUA